CUUUGUUGACGAUAUCCGUGUUGGUGGAAGCGAAUCGACGGGUGAGCGAAGACCAGUUAUCAAAACUGAUACGGCCGCAUGAUAACGUGCCCAUACUUGUGCGCCGAUUCGGGACAAAUAUGUGCCUAUGCAUGACAUCCGACGAGGGUAUCGCAGUUGAGUUGUUAAUCAAUUCAACGGUUUCCAGGAAUUGUGAAUGGCGAUUACGAAUCUCCCGGCACGGGAUAGGAUUUCAGCAAAUUUUUCCAGGCGACGACGAUGCUUCAUCUGAUCCUGUCCCCGUUCGAGCAGCAUCAGAUGGGAUCACAGUUCUCCAUCCUAUGCACUUCUCCACUUCAGAUUCGCAACAUCGUAUUGCUACUUUGAGUGUGAGCGACACCGAACAACCUCGUCUUGUCUUACGAUGGACACACCACCUGUGGCACCCGAGUUCCACUUGGCUUGUAUACGGUGGAAACAUAAGCAAAGAUGACGACCGCAUUAUUCAAUCGCAAGCUCCAUCACGUAAAGCCUCACCUACCAAUAACGUGACAGUGCAAAGCAAAUUAGAAUUACAUCGCGAACGUGAACUAAUACGAGUGGGUCGGAAACUCGUUUACGCCUUGGAGACAAAGGCCGAUGAUAUCGAACAGAUUUACAAACAGGAACAGAAAGCGCAUUGUGUUCAGCUGUACCAGAGAUUGAUCGCGAUUGUUCAAAAAGACCUCAUCAAUAGCUUGCGUAUUUUAGACAACUUUCACUAUGUGGUCGAACAGAUCGAGAUGAAAUUAGCCCAGAAUCCAUCCGUGUUUCGAGUAGACACUUUUCCCACCCUGAUGAGUAACUGGUUGUUGUUAUCGAGUUCACGCUGGGAGCAGCGGAUACAGCGACUCAUGCGUAAACGAAGGGCAGAUAAGCUAUUGCCGUGUGCCCCCAGCUUCACAUAUCCGCUUGAUUCCCCCUAUCACUUAGCAUCUGGUCGGAGCGAAUUCGCUAAAAUUUAUCAUGACCUAUUUUUGAGCGCUCAACACUUGGCGUCGUGGACAUCAAACGAGCGACACAAUUGGCUUCGGCGUCCUCGUGUCACUUCGUUUAUUCGCCAUCUUCAAACACGUCUGCCUCCAGUAGAUGAACUGCGUCAAGCGGUGCACAAAAUGCUCCGCUAUUUUAGGCUUCUGCCUAACAGUAACAGCAUGUCAUUAAUGAGUGACUUAACUUUUCAUUCAAGAAUCAAAGGUAUGUUUGCCAACAAAUCAUUAAUCGCGCCAAUUUUGAAGCGCGGAGCCGUGCUCAAAUUUGAAGAGCUUCGAUUUUGGCCGCCUCCUUCCAAACGCUCAGCACAUAUUCACACAACCGAUGCUACUGUGUCAGCUGAUGUCAUUAAUUUGCGACGUGAACUACUACAGCUCACGACUGACUCCGACUGUUUCAGCUGGUUCAUUGGUUAUUGGCAAAAACUGCGGGAAAAAGAGGCACCAUCCUCAUGUCAAAUUCGUAACUUCACCCCUCAGAACUUCGAUAUUGGCCGACAAGCACACAGCUUAAAAGUGUCGCUGUGAGACUAACUGAAGUGCAGUGAAGGUCAAAUUGUAAAGAUAAGCCCUUGCAAUAGCCUAGAGUAAAGUUCACAUUGGUUCCCCUCGUGAUCCGCUUGUGGGCUUUUUCAGCACCUUUCAUACGGCCUACUUUGGCUUAUCUGGGAUUGAAGCCAAGAAUGCGAUUCACUGAUGAUAGGGGGAUAUUUGGAAGCGUAAUCGUUUGUAUGAGCAGUUGACCGCUUCAUUUCCGUCACGGAGAUGUACAGCAAUAUAGGGUUGAAAACCAAACGAUCAUUUUCUGACCAAUUCCACUGUGCCUUUGGUUGUUUAUUCAUGUUACAUGACAACUUCACUCCUCAGCUUAUAUAUGUUAUCACUACAUGGAUCGAGCACACACACACACACAUACAAACUCAGCACCGGACGAAAGACCUACAGGGAAACACUCAUUAUGAGCUGGGUAAGAGAACGACUACAAGCCAUACGUUCCAUUUUUUAUCAUGUACAAAGUGUUUUUCAAUGUCCGGGAGCAAAACUUCAUUUUGCAUGUUUACUUAUUGAGAAGACAAUUUUGUAUAUACAUAUUUUUUGAAUAAACC